AGCGGGACCCGGGCGGGCCAUGGCUGCCGCCGCCGCCGCCGCGCGCUGAGGCCCCGCCGCGCAGCCAGGCCGGGAUGCCCCGGGGGGGGCCCGGGCCGCCGCCGGAGCCAUGGAGGAGGAGGGCAAGAAGGGCAAGAAGCCUGGGCUCGUGUCUCCGUUCAAGCGGGUGUUCCUGAAGGGCGAGAAGGGCCGGGACAAGAAGGCCCAGGAGAAGGUGACGGAGCGGCGGCCGCUGCACACGGUGGUGGUGCCGCUGCCCGAGCCCGUGGAGCCCGACCUGCUGCUGCACGACUACAUCGAGAAGGAGGUCAAGUAUUUAGGCCAGCUCACCUCCAUCCCGGGAUACCUGAACCCCUCCAGCCGCACAGAGAUCCUGCACCUGAUUGACAACGCCAAGAGGGCCCACCAGCUGCCGGGCCAGCCGAGCGCGGAGCACGACGCGGUGCUCAGCCUGUCAGCCUACAACGUGAAGCUGGUGUGGCGCGACGGGGAGGACCUGAUCCUGCGCGUGCCCAUCCACGACAUCGCCGCCGUGUCCUACGUGCGCGACGACUCCGCGCACCUCGUCGUGCUCAAGACAGCUCAGGAUCCCGGGAUCUCUCCGAGCCAGAGCCUGUGUGCCGAGGGCUCCAAGGCGCUGACGUCGGGGUCGCUGUCGGAGAGCGCCGGGGGGCCCCUGGAGUGCUGCUGCCUGGUGGUCCUGGCCACAGAGAACAAGGUGGGUGCCGAGGAGUUGUGCUCCCUGCUCAGCCAAGUCUUCCAGAUUGUUUACACCGAGUCCACCAUCGACUUCCUGGACCGCGCCAUCUUCGACGGGGCCUCGACGCCGACGCGGCACCUGUCCCUGCACAGCGAUGACUCUUCCACCAAAGUGGACGUGAAGGAGCCCUUCGAGGCAGAUGCCAGCACUUUUUCCUUCCCAGACACCCUGGAGGCAGGAGACACGUCCCCAUCCUCGCUGUCCGCGCGCCCGUCCCCGCACGUGACCACGGCCAGCGAGAGCGAGCUCAGCACCACGGCCACCGAGCUGCUCCAGGACUACAUGAUGACGCUCCGGACCAAGCUGUCCUCCCAGGAGAUCCAGCAGUUCGCGAUGCUGCUCCACGAGUACCGGAACGGAGCCUCCAUCCACGAGUUCUGCAUCAACCUCAAGCAGCUCUAUGGGGACAGCAGGAAAUUCCUGCUCCUGGGCCUGCGUCCCUUCAUCCCGGAGAAGGACAGCCAGCACUUCGAGAACUUCCUGGAGACCAUCGGGGUGAAGGACGGGCGCGGGAUCAUCACGGACAGCUUUGGGCGCUACCGCCGCUCCCUCGGCGCCGCCUCCGCCUCCAACGGCACCGGCGCCGCCGGCAGCUCCGACGAGCAGUCCGUGCCCUCUGAGGAGGACGAGUGGGACAGGAUGAUCUCCCACAUCAGCAGCGACAUCGAGGCGCUGGGCUGCAGCCUGGACAGGGACUCGUCCUGAGGGGCCACGGCUGGACACGGGGGGGCUGGGACACAGAGCUGCUCCCAAGAGGAACACGGAGCUGUCCUCAGAGGGACACCAGGACACGGAGCUGCUCCUGGGGGAACACAGAGGUGCCUUUGGGGGGGACACGGAACAAGGACCUGCCCCUGGGGGGAACACGGAGCUGCCCUCAGAGGGACACCAAGAUAUGGAGCUGCCCCUGGGGACCCCCCAGCAGCCCUCGGAGGGACCCAAGAACACCAACCUGUGCCCUCAGGGGAAAACACGGAGCUGCCCUUGGAGAGUCCUGGAACAUGGAUCCUUGUCCUGCAGGAUUUGGGGGCUCCAGCAGGAUGGAAUCACUCUCCUGGCCUCCUUAACAGCUCCAGGGGCAGGAAUGGCUCCAGUGUGGAUUUGGGGGACAGCUGGAUUUGGGGUGUGGAUUUUUGGGGACAGAUCUCUUUCUGAGCAUUGAGGUCUCCUUCCAAGGGGAGGGGUCUCCCCCGAGGAUGGAUCUGCUCCUGAGCAUCCAGUUCUCUUCCUGAGGGGCCAGACCUGCUCCCUCCCCAGUUUACAGUUUGCACAGCAGGUCCCCCAUAACUGCCCUCCACCCCCACAAUGAAGUUUUGCCACAAUGUGAA